UCAUGGUAGAUCCUAAACCCCAGAUUGGCAUACCAACAGGUGCCCGUGUCCGUGCCUCCUCCAUUCAUGAACCAAAAAGGAAAGAUUCCACCUUUCGUUUUCUCCUCCGUAAAUUUUACCACCCCCAGUCGUAAAAGACUUCAAGACUUAAGACAGUAACACUAUUGCUGAACCCUCGGAUAUUCAACUACCCAUAUAUUCACAGGCGGCGGGCCAUAAGGAGGCUCUUAAGGAAAAUUCGGAUAGUGGAAUCUACACUUAUAGAUACAUAGUGGGUCACAAUUACGACCCUCCAACGGGUCCCGGUUGUUUCUUCGGACACCGUAGCGCCGAUAAAAGCUUUCAUUUUCCGUUAUCAAGAAGCUGAAGCAGAUGGAAGGACCAUUCACCAAUACCAUCGCCGGCGUCUUCUCCAUUUAGAAGCUGGAGUCGGAAGAACGAUAUGGACGAAUCAACUAUCAAAGGGUUCCCAGCAGCGUCUAUCUCCCGAAAUGCAAGCCGAAGGAGCACCACCAACCCCAUCAUGUUUUCGAACUCGACGGGGUUGGCAAGCAAAUCAAGAGGAAGAAUGGGUAUCAAUAAAAGUGAAGCCAGGAUGGAAAGAAGGAACAAAGAUAACAUUUGAAGGGAUGGGAAAUGAGGUUCCAGGAGGAUGUCACCCAGCUGACAUAACCUUUGUGAUUGCAGAGAAACAGCAUAAUUUGUUUAGGAGAGAAGGCGAUGAUUUGGAAUUGGUAGUAGACAUACCUCUAGUUGACGCUCUUUCUGGUUGCCCCAUUCCAAUUCCUCUGCUGGGCGGGGAGAAGAUGGAUUUGAGUAUUAGUGAAAUCGUUCAUCCUGGCCAGGAAAAGAUCAUUGAAGGACAAGGCAUGCCAACCAAAGAUGAAAGACAGAGAGGUAAUUUAAAAUUGCAUUUCCUAGUUAAUUCCCCCGAUGAACCAACAGAUGAUCAACGUUCCGAUGUUCUUAGAAUUUUGAAGCGUAAUGUUGAUUGAUUUGUAUAGUUCAAUCUUUAAUUAAUAUAUUCGAAACAAGGACUGUUGAA